AUGAUGAUUUCCAAGAAUAAUAAUGUUGUGGCUUUCCAAGUUUUGUUAUUUCUCAUAUUGUGUUUGGGUGUGGUGAAUUCAGCAAAGUUUAGGUACCCAUCAGUUUUUAAUUUCGGUGACUCGAAUUCGGAUACAGGUGGACAAGCAACUUUGAUGGGCAUGCAAUUUCCGCCCGCUCCAAAAGGAAACUUCAAAGUUUCUGGAAGAUGGAGUAAUGGCGCUCUCAUUCUUGACUUUCUGAUGAAAAAGAUAGGGUUGCCAACCCUCAAUCCAUAUCUAUAUUCACUAGGUUUGCCAAAUUUCAGUAAGGGCUGCAAUUUUGCAGCAGCAGGUUCAACUAUCCUUAAACCCACUGAUAUAAAUGUUACCCCCUUGAAUUUAGAGACUCAAGUCUCUCAAUUCCUUCUAUUCAAAGCUCGAGCUCUUCAAUUAGUUUCUAAAGAUAAGAAACUCAAGAAGUACUUGCCAAAUGAGGAUGCUUUCAAAAAGGGGUUGUACAUGAUUGACAUUGGUCAAAACGAUCUUUCUCUAGCAUUUAAAAGCAACAAAACAUUGGAUCAAGUUCUUGCUUCAAUUCCAAACAUCAUUGGAUUAUUUGAAAUUGCAAUAACGAAACUGUAUGAAAAUGGUGCUAGAAAUUUUUGGAUACACAACACGGGUCCACUUGGAUGUUUGGCUGUGAAUGUUGCCAAAUUUGAAAGUGAUCCUUCAAAGCUUGACAAACAUGGAUGCGUUAUUUCAUAUAACGAAGCUGCUACCACAUUCAACCUACAACUCCGUAAUCUUUGCGACAAAUUCCAGCUCCAUUAUCCCAAUGCAACCGUGACACAUGUUGAUAUCUUUGCUAUAAAAUCAAACCUCAUUGCAAACUAUUCUAAACUUGGGUUUAGGGAACCAAUAAAGAGUUGUUGUGGAAGUGGAGGAAAACUGAAUGUUGAAGUUAGUUGUGGUUUAGCAAAGAUGUUGAACAAUGGAAGCAUAAUGAUGGGAUUGCCUUGCUCUAAUAUGGAUGACUAUGUAAGCUGGGAUGGUAUUCAUUACACUGAUGCUGCAAAUAAUUAUGUCGCUUCACAAAUUCUUAGUGGAAAAUACUUUAAUUGUGCUCCUUUCUAA